AACUAAUACAACCAGGAAGUGGAUUGCCGUAGUUGCAACGACGCAGAUAAACUAUUUAUGUUUAUUGUAAAAUUGUUUAUUUCAAAAUGGCUACAGGUGACGAUGAACAGUUUGAAGUUAAGGGACUGAUUGGUGAAGGUGCUUUCGGGAAAGUUUUUCUGCUGGAAAAGCCGUCUUCUGGGGAACAGUUAGCCUUAAAGAUGUGCCAACUUGCUGGCAGACAUCCAAAAGAAAUUGAGCAGACGGUUCAAGAAGUUAAACUUCUGGCGUCACUGCAACACGAGUACAUACUGAAAUAUGUCGAGGCAUCCCUUGAAGAAGGCAAGUUGAUGAUCAUCACGGAAUAUUGUCCCAAUGGCGACCUCCAAGCGUACCUUGCUGAACAUGCCGGAACCGUCAUGGAAGAACGCCGACUGGUGGAGUGGAUUCGUCAAAUAACAAGCGCGCUUCAGUACCUCCAUGGGCUACCAAAUCCUGUCAUACACCGAGAUCUGAAAGCUGCCAACAUAUUCUUCGAUGCUAAAUGGAACACCAAACUCGGCGAUUUCGGUAUAGCUAGGGUACUCCAGUCAGCGAGCGACUUGGCGAUGACACAGUGUGGAACACCUAUGUACAUGAGUCCAGAAGUGUUCGCUGGAAUACCGUACUCGGAUAAGACUGACAUCUACUCCCUGGGUAUUAUGAUGUAUGAGAUGGCACACAUGGACAAGGAAGCUAUACUUCCACAGAUGAUCUUGUUCAAAAUCGUCCACCAAACGUUACCGACGAUGCCAACGGAUUACAGCCGAGGAGUUACCGACUUAUUAACGCUGAUGAUAAACAAAGACCCUCAACAACGUCCAUCAGCGGCACAGAUACUCCGCCAUGACAUCUUCAAAACUACAAAGAAACCUCCUCCUAUUCCUUCCCGAAGGAAAAGUAACUUGGAUGAUGUUGACGACGAGGACAAGGAGGAUGAUGGCAUGAAAACCAUUCUUGGUACCCUGACUCAGCUUUAUCAUCCUGAUGGUCAGAGAACAUUGGGUGGUGGAGCGGCAAAGAUGCUGAAAACCAGUGGUGAAGUUGAUAAUGGCAGACCAAAUAUGCAGACAGAUGACGAAUAUGAAGAUAAUCCCGUCAUGCAUCUUGUCAAGAGGACGCUGGCUGAUAUGGGUCAUGAUCAAACGCAAAUUCAAGGUCAUUCAGUACUGGAAAGACAAGUGGAAAUGCUGAAAGUAUAUUGUCUUCACUGUUUGGACAACAACAUGAGCUUGUUCAAGCGUGCCUGCGAGGCCCUGGAUAAAAGUCACAGUGAGGAUGAAAUAGAGGAAACGCUGAUUCGUAUACUCGGGCAUGAGAAAUAUGGACUGUGUGGGGUGCAGUUGCUUCAUUACAAGAACUUUACAUUCAAUCUCCGAUCUUAGACUGAAACCAUAUUAAUUCAUUUUAUAUGUUUUACGAUUGGUAGAAACUAGCAUACAUGUGCAUUAGUAGAUGGUUGUGAUUGUUCGUACAUUUUUACAAGAAUUCUUGUGCAAGUUACCUGUUGCGGUCCUCUGUCGUACGUACAUCCGUUACGUACAUCCAUUCAGGGAAAAGAGAGAUCGUGUUUGUCUACAAAUCCGGUGUAUUUUCUAUCUUUAGAACUGACAGUGAUCGGGUGGGCAAAAGCCGAUCGUCCUUGUAUUUUUGGAAAAAAAUGAUGUUUUCCUAACGGUCUAUUUGUUAAAACACAAAUUAAAUCAAUGAUUUUUUUGAAAAGGUUAUAAAACAAGCAAUUUAUUAAUUACAUUUAAUUGUUAUUCCGAAAUAAAAUGAAUUAAUUAUGAACGCUUAA